CUUAUAAUUUGUAUUGUCGUGCCACCGAUAACCGUAGUGACCACUGUAUUUCUAUAACAAGAUCGAUACGAUCGAGUAAUCGUAAAGUAUAUAUUAGUCCAAGUAUGUAUUAGUCGUACAGACCAGUGAAACGAUCUUGCUGUUCUCCAGUGGCUCGAGAGAUCGCGUAAAAAUGAGAAAAUCCAGUAAACGUUUAUCACACCCUUUUCUCUCGAACCGAUUCUGUCUCCGCAUCUCGCGUUACCUUCACCGUCCAUUUUCGUCCACCUUAGUCCAGCUUCUUUCUUUUCUUUUCGUGCCCCUUGUUUGUUAUUCGGAACGAAAACAAGCAUCGACGAUUUUCACAGGCUUUCCACGUCUCUUCUUGGCGAAGAGGAGCAGAGGAAAGACAGAAAAAUGAGUUAAGCGAGACUGAACGACAGACAGAAACACGGAGCGAGCAGUGCGGUGCGGUGUGGUGCGGUGUGACGUGCGUGACGUGGCGUGGCGUGGCGUGGCGUGGUGUGGCGUGGCGUCGCGUGGCGUGGCAGGUCAAGGCGCACGAGAGACAUCGAGCCUUUUCAACCGAGAAACCCUCUGUCUUGUCUCUUUUUUUCAAGGAUGCAGGUACGAAUCCUGAUCGCCGAGCCUGGUGAACCGACGUUGAACCACCAGGUGCGAGCACGGACGAUGGAGCAACGCGCCAGUAUGGAAGCGGCGAACGGUGCGAUCGAGCACGAUUUUCACAACGCCCUGGUACCUAUAAACGGUAGCCAUUCCGGCAGUUCCGGUCGAAGUACACCAAACGGAGGCGACCCGGCACCGGGCAAACUGUUCGUCGGUGGCUUGUCCUGGCAGACCAACAGCGAGAAGCUCAGGGAGUACUUUGGCAUGUUUGGCACCGUCACCGAUGUCCUCAUCAUGAAGGAUCCGGUCACACAGCGUAGUCGUGGAUUCGGCUUCAUCACGUUCGCCGAGCCGGGUAGCGUGGACAAGGUGCUGAAGUGUCCAAUCCACACGUUGGAUGGUAAGAAGAUCGACCCGAAACACGCAACGCCGAAGAACCGCGCGAAACAGGCGAAUCGCACCAAGAAGAUCUUCGUCGGUGGCGUCAGUCAGGAUACUAGCAGCGACGAGGUGAAGGCCUACUUCAACCAGUUCGGCAAGGUCGAGGAGACCGUGAUGCUGAUGGACCAACAAACUAAGCGGCACCGUGGCUUUGGGUUCGUCACGUUCGAGAACGAGGACGUAGUGGAUCGCGUGUGCGAGAUUCACUUUCAUACGAUCAAGAACAAGAAGGUCGAGUGUAAGAAGGCUCAGCCGAAGGAGGCGGUUCAACCUGGCGCGUUGGCUCUCGGGAAGAGAGUGGUGUUGGGCGCUCUUGGGGUUCGAUUGGCGCCUCAGCCGCCGCUUCCGGUCGCCGCGGCCUCGCAGAUAGUCGCCGCUCAGGCACAAGCUCAAGUACAAGCGGCUGCGGCCGCGGCCGCUGCUGCUCAGGUGCAGAACGCCGUCGCCGGAUACGGGAAAUUGUUCGCCAGUAGCUAUCCGGCGUUAUCCGCGUACAGAUACGCGCCAUACCCGAUUCCAGCCGCGGCGGUGGCCGCAGCCGCGGCAGCAGCAGCCCCAGCUCCUGCACCCGCGCCGCCAUCCGCCGCUGCCGCGGCUGCAGCUGCUGCCGCCGCGACGCCUGCUGCUGCUGCCGCGGCCGCCGCUGCACCCGCGAAUCCCUAUCAAGGUUAUUCGCUCACUAACGUCGACAUGUCCAGCUUCCAGGGCGUCGACUGGAGUUCUAUGUACGGUAUGGGCAUGUACGUCUAAUAAGUCUAAUAACUCGUCGAUACACGAACUCUGAUCCGAAGACACGUAACGCGCGCUUCCAUCAUCGUUACACGCGCGCCGAUGUACCUCUGUAUACGCGCCUAUUCGUGUUUAUGCUUGGUUCUGUGUAUACGCACUUGUAUACGCACCGCAUCCACACACACACGAAGGCAUCUCAAUAUCAACAUCAAAUACGAGAUACGGCUGUUACGUACGGACACCACCGAUCCGGCAUCACCUUCCGAGCUUCCGACUCGUUUCUACUCUCUGGUCUGCUAACCAUAUUCGACGACGUUGGACCAUCGUUUACUUUGCUCUUUGGAACUCAUCUCGGACAUUCGUUCGAACGUCUUCAUGGUGGUUCGAGAACACGUCGUCACAACGCACGAGAACCUCGAACGUUUCGAAAAUCGUGGAAGCGCGGAAGCAAGCUCGCAAGGAUCAGAGUCAGAGUUGCGCGUGCGUACCCUCGAGAAAAUAGAGCACGAGGAUUUUACCGGCCGGAAACCGAAGUCAUUUUUCUUGCGUUUACUACUCAUCAUUAUCGCUUGUCAAUUAAUUUAUUAGCGAGAGGAGGAGAGAGAGAAAGAGAGAGAGAGAAAGCACGUGUAAGUGAGGACAUGAAUGAGUGAAUGAGCGAGCAAACGAACGAACGAACGAACGAGCGAUUGAAUGAGAGAAGGAGACCGAUGUGUGUUUCGUCGUAUCGCGUGUUUCGUUACGAUAUUUUUUCAUCCCUCAUUCGAGAGCCCGUCGGUAUAUUCCUUUUGUCCACGCGAUUAAGCCGCGCGUUUUGCGUUUCCACCACACUCGGUUCCUAGUUAGAUUAGCACGCUCCCUGACACACGAUACGCGCGUGACAUCGUUCGCGUUGUUUCCCGGCUUCCCGCCGCGCCCAACCGUACACGAUAACUAAUUACUUAAUUAAUUAAGCGAUAUAGGCGGCCGUGAACCACGACCGCCUUACUCUCAAGGAUCUCGACCACGAAGCAAUAAAACAGGGGAGUUAGAGAGAAAGAAAGCGUGAAAGGAAGAGGGAGCGAGAGAGUGAGAUACAUAGAGAUAUACGUAUAUGUAUAUCUCUGGACGUUGUGCCGUGAACCGAGCUUGCGAACUGAAUCUACUCUAACGUUACUUUUCUUUAAUCUUCGUUGCCCGAGGUUACCCUCUUCCUUUUGAACAUGGGAUAGCGUUGCUCGUGUGCCAAGCGGAAGCACGCGCGAAGAAGAACGCCGCGUCUGUUUCGAUCGUCGACCCGCGAGUCGGCGAUUCCAACCCGUCACUCCUUUCUUCCUCUUCAGAGAACGAGGCAGUUCUCCUGUUCGUUGCGCGAUACUCCUCCGCCUCGGUGAAAGUGCCAAACGAAACCUUCGGAUCGAUCCCUCGAGGGACCGUCGCCGAAUACUCCUCCGCACCAGCUUCCAUCGGCACCGCUCGAUCUUAUCCGAUCGUUCGUGCUCCGGCGUGCUUCCGCUCGGCGAUCGGCAUCGCGAUCGCAACGGAUCGAUCUUUAAACAGACCGUACACACCACUCGAUCAGUCGCCACACGGUACACACGUACAUGCGGAUACCAGCAUGCAGAACUUGUAUAAAGUGCAUACAAGUAACGCGUCUAAAUAGAAAUAGUUAUGUAUAGGUAUACAUAUAUUUUUCUCCGAGUAAUGGAAGACAAUAUUUACUCCAUCGCGCGAUUAGUAGGACUCGUUGAAGACUGAACGAGCGCUACGCGCGAUUAGAGGAUACGAAACAGAGACAGACACGUUUUUUGAAGAAUGAUACUCAAGUUUCUAGAAAUAGUUUCGAGUCGCGAGCAUUCGCGGCUGCGACUGCGACUGCGUUAACAAGAACCCAAGAUCGAGAUUAGCUCAGCGUUAAAUUAAGCGCGCCUAGUUUGUAAGUUUCAACCAGUUUUAAGAUAGGUUUUUAAGGCAUUCGUAACAAAACGAAGUCGAUACUUAAUUUAUACGAAUUCGCGCGCGCACCACGCUCCUCUCAUUCACAGCGAUAAAAUACGAUCGAGGCGGCUACCGUUCCUGCGACUUUGAUCUUUCGCUAUUUCCGACUAGCUUGCGCACGCUUUUGUUCAACUAUCGUACCUUGCGCUUUCGUGAAUCAUUUUUUCUUUUUUCUUUUUAAAUAAACGCGGUGCAAAGUAAAACUCGACGAUAGGACCGAGUCUUAACGGUGAUCUUCCGUGAUUAUUUUCUUUAUUUUUCAAAUAAAUAUUUCGAUCGGUGUACUUAUAGACGAUUAGUGAAACGAUCUCGAUGGAAAUGCGAACGAUCGAUGUGCAGGUAGAUGCCGCGAUUCGUGAGAAGAAGACGCGCGCGCACGGAAGUCGUCGACGACGAGAGGAGCGUGUAGCGAUAAACCGCGCGAGAAAUUUCCAGCAAUAAGCGAUAUCCAUUGAAACCUUAAAGCUGUACCGUUUACGUUUAACUAUCGCGAUAAGCGAAACGAGAUGAAAAAGUAAAAAAGAAAAAAAAAACGAAAAAAAAAUGCGAUAAUCUGUGCGUGAGAGGCUCGCUGUUUGACAAACAGGGAGCAAGGAAGAAUCCUCUUCCAAACGACAAGUAAUAUUCUUUAGUGAUAUACACCUUAAUAUACUUACUUAACAUGUAUCGUAAUGUUAACGACGACAAAGCUCGUGAGUGAUAUUUAUGACUUACACGUAAGAUGAUACUUAGAACGAUAAGCGGAAAAAGAAAAAAUAAGCGACGAGAAGUACGCCUUAAGAAACCGCGUGAAGCAAACACAAGCAAGCACGCGCGCGAGCGCAAUUUAGCGAGAAAAAAAAAAGCAGGUGGCGAUAAUUCGAGCUGAAACACCGCUAGGUGCAAACCGAAUUCUAUUUUCCACGGUUUGCGUACUCGAUGCGCCGUUUCGAGAGCUAGGAAAUCGGUGCGUACUUAAAGCUGACCUCGAGGAUACCCGACAUCGAUGUACCCUAACCCGUCCGCCCCUACACCACCGCCACCACCACCGCCACCGCCACCACCACCAACCCCAUCCUCUGAUCUUUUAGUCUUUUCUUUCCCCCCUCCCCAGUGUCGUCGAUCCUUUCGCGACGUUGCACGAAAGAGAUCAAUUUUCUUCUUUUUCCAAGGAAUAGUUCCUCCGUUUAGUUUUCGCUCGAACAGACUCGACGACAUCGGCUAUUGCCAAACGCGCGAACAAUGAGAGCAGAACGCGCACAUCCACCGAGUCGACCGUGCAUCGUGUGUGUGUCCUCGCGCAUCCUUUUCAUCGAAAGAUUCGGCAAUAAAUUCUGCGCGAGCAGAUGGAUACGGUGUUUACGACUCGUCGUCGAGAAUCAAAAGGGAAACCAUUGAUUCGACGGAUCGAUAUCUUCGACCGUGCGUUUUGGAAUGAUCUUUGAUCUUGCAUCGACGCGAAUACCAUCUUCGUUUACAGCUAACCCUUAUCCCUCCUUCGCAAGACUUACUCGUCUUUUCCAACACCCUUUAAACCCCUUUGAUACACCUCUACAGAUGAUUAUGUAUUUUAUACGCAAAACACACACACACACACACAUGCACGCACACACACACUAAAAUAUGCAAACACAUAGAUACACACAUAUUGCGAAUGUCGAGAGUAAUUGUUAGCGUAGUUAGUAUAUUUUGAUGAGCGUUAACCACCCACUAGUUGAGAAUGAUCAGUAGGUGAAGCAUGCUGGUUGAAAUAUCUUUUAGUACCGGAUACCCUACGCUGUUCCUUCACCGCCUUCGUCGUUUCUUCGUACAUUUCUAAAGCAUACAGUGUCUCGCUGCUCUGUCUUGUUGCCGACGUUUGAUCGCGUCCGCGUCGCGACAAGGGGUACCCAUUCGAUUGUUCUUUCUUCUUUUUUUUUCUUUUUUUUUUAUUCUCGUUUGCUUUCUCGUUCGUUUAUUUUCUCGGUCAGACUUUUGUUGUUGUUGUUCUUUUUGAAUUUUUAAUCGUACAAAGAUGUAUCCGUACCGUGCAACCAGAAGGAAAGGAAACUAGCUUUAUCGUUGAUGCGGAAAGAAAAGAACGUGGGAGUCUUGCGUCGACGACGAUUCUUCGAGCAAUACGCUUUCGUUGCGGUCAAUCGUAAUGUUACCAAUUUAAAUAUCUGUGUAUAUACACACGCAAAACGUCUACCGACUGGUUGUUCCUCUGACCACAGUUCACGAUACGUUCCUGUAUCCAGUUUCUUCAUUUCCCUCGCCGUUUCAACUUUCGUUGCGCGCGAUUUAAUCGAGAAACGCCUAGGAUUUUUUAUUUUCCAGCUAUACCUCUUUCUCACGCAGCUAUUUACUGCAACGAAAUUAAUAAAUUUGUCGAUAUCGAUAUCCGUUUUGGUAGAAUCGUUGUAUCUCGUAAUUGCCAUGUAGCUCGAAAGAUUGUAAUUAAUCACUCGGUGGCGAGCGAGUUUAAAAAACAAAGUCUUCAGGAAAAUCGAAGCAGCGAAUUAUUGGCGAAUAAAAGAAAGGAAAGAACCUCAUUAAGCCGUUUCGAUGAAAAGAGAGCCGAACUUGAUGAAAAGAGACAAAAAGAAAACUAAAAAACGCACCCCUUGCCGAGACGCGUCCCACAUCCUCCCGCGAAUUCAUCCACAACUCCAGACACGUCCUUGUUUACGCGAUCCCGAUAUUUCGUGCCUCGUAUGGCGGUUACUUACUUAGUAUUAUUAUUCUUAUUAUUAGUAAUUAUUAUCAACAAUUAUUUUUGCCCGCCUUUUACCGCCACCCCUGCAAGUACGUUUCACGAACAUCGGUAUGUCGUUGCUCUUUGUCAUUCUUACCAGCGAUUAUUUUCGCAUUCGAAUACGAUCGUGGGCGUCUAUUGGAACUUUUCAAACGUAUAGAAAGAUGUUUAAUUUGUUAAAGAUCACGCGUCGCCCGUGAAAUAAGCUUGCACGAGUUCGAGAUUCUCGUUGUCGGGUUUCGUCCCCUCUUCUUCUUCUCCUUCUCCCGUAUCAAUAUCUUUCCUUUAUUUUCUUUUUAGCCUUAUCUUGUCUUCUAUCUGUACGCCUGUGUACGUGUGCGAGUACGUGUUUUUCGUGGUGCCAUAAACGAUGGGGUGGGGGACGGGGCUGGGGGGUUAGAACCGUGCAACGAGACGCUCGCCUCGCGUGCACUAACAGAUUCAACAUCCAAAGGGGGAUGAAACGACAACCCUCGAGUCGUCGACCGCCCACGGGAUACGCUUCAAUCGAUGCGGUGGUCCAUGCUGUAUUUCGGUUCGCCACGUGGAAGAACAUUUUGUUCGACGGAACGUACUCGCAAACAAAUUUCGAUCAGUUCAUCGAUAUUCCGAAACGAUGGCGGCUCCGUAUCGUUUCGUUUUCUCCGCUUCGUGUGACGUUCUUGUAUCGAACGCAAAUAUUAUGUAUAACGAGUAUUAAUCUCCAUCGGGUGAGCCUUUUCUUUAACGACGAAAAAGAGAAGAAAACGAUAGCGGAUCUAGGUUUCGCGUUGAUCUUUCGAGCAUUAUGUUUCUUUCUCGACGAACCAGCCCUCGACGCGAAAAAAAACUCCCUGAAAAACGGACACGCGUACAAAUACAUCUAUCCUUGAUCCAUCGGCCAUCGAUCGAAAACGGGAGGGGGACGGGGUGAUGAUGAGAGGGGGAGUGAAAGAGAGAGUGAGAGAGAGAGAAAGAGAGAGCGCGACAUAACGGGAGUACGCAGGGCGGCGAACGCGAAGAAUGACAAGUACGACAGAUAUUAGUUUAGUUCGAUGCCUAGAUGAGUUGCCAAUAAAGUAGUUCGUUUCAAACUUGUAGCUAACCUGUAUAUUGUGUAUCUAUUUUGUAUACUCUCACGACAUCCAAUUCGUCCUGUGCUGAUAUCUCCCUCCUUCUAUUCGUAACAAAUAUCCUCCAGCCGUAUCUGCAUACCUCGGUUAAUUGUACUUGUUUGUUAUUUUUACCUUCGCCAGAAGUAAUUUAUUUAUUUUUUCUUUUUGGUGCUGUGUAACACUUCACUAUCCUCUCGCUCACAUCCAUGUAUGUAUACUUUUAUGUCUCUCUGUAUACCUCACUUAACCUAAAAUCUAGCGUGUUUGUUUUGUAUUUAAUGCGAUACACGGUAUCCCAGCGUACAUUGAUUAUUUUUACGAUUUGUUUGUUCUCCUCCUACUUUGUUUCAAUUUUUUUUUUCUUCUUUUCCCUUGGACUUUUCCAUUCGUCGGCGGCGUCGAACGUCGGCGCAGCCGUUGCUGCCGGAGGCGCGCCACCGCGGGCGCAUCGCUAAUUGGCUAAUUAAUAUUAAGCCGUAAUUAGCCUCGUUAACCCCGCUGGGCACUCGUUUCGCGCCGCUCUCUGGUUGGUCGGAACAUGGCCCCUGCGUGCCCUUCGGCACGAAGCUAGCUCGCAUCGCGUAUCGCGCAUCGAGGACCUUUCUCGCGCUUUUGCAAUAGUAUCUCGCGUCGUUUACGAAUCGCGAAUAGUUCCGAUAUCGCUCGAGGGCUCCUCGAUCCAAAGAAUUCUUCGUUCGACCGGUUAAAACGAACCUACGCACGCUCAAUGAUUUCCUCGCGAGAUCGACGCAAGACUCUCCCUUCUUCGUAAUUUAAAAGCGAACGGAAACGAGCGAAACGCAUCAAGGUCCUUGAUAGUACCGAACAGGGUAGCAGAAGACAGCCGUGUUUAAGCAUUUCCAGCUACAUAUCUCUAUAUCGUAUAUGGACAGAGUUACGAACGUAGCGUUUUCCGAUCGCGUAUUUCCGCGAUUCAAGGCUGUUGUUCCUAUCGAGCAGAAGGGCGGCGUGCCCUCCGGCACGCAUAGAUAAUAACGUUUUUAACAUUACUUCCUCUCUCCUGUCGCCCCAUGUUGCUUCUUAAGCGGUUUAAGACAGCCAGCGGAAUUGUUGUAGCGCAUGCAUUUUAGCUAGACCACCUCUGGCGCACUCUAACCAGCAAGUAAGAGUAAACUUUAAUAAAUUCCAUAUGUACACAGUUUUUUUACCAACAACCCCCAACAGGCUCCCUCUUUCACGAUUGCUCAACCUUUUGGCUGUCAAGCUAAACCGGUGGGACGCGUGCGUACUUUUAAAACGUACAAGAGCGAGUCGCGGUGCCAAGCAACCGUAAGACCAACCGGGGUAACACGCAGUAUCUUGGAAUAAAAGAAAUCGAAGGAAAGUUACGGUCGGAUGGCAUCGGAAUUUUCAGUCUAAAGUUGAGAAUUUUGAGCAACCGUGGUAAGAAUUCUUACUUGGUUUUCCUUAGUCCUCCGACAUCCCGAAGAGUGCGAAGGCUCGACUUACCUCGUCGCCCCCUUUAGCCCUUUGCACUUUCUUGGAACGGUACAAGUUUCGUUCGAUCGUACGUAGGAAUAUCGCGGAAGUAAAAAAUUAAUCGGAAAUCGCGGUAGAAAGUAUAGCUGUCUGUCAUGCUGAGAAACUCUGGCCCCAAGCGCAAAUGGUUAACGGGGACAAAUUAUGCGCGUUCUGCCGCUGAUUUCGGAGCCGUUCGAAGAAAGAGAGCAUAUCGCGGUGAACCUAACCUUUUCUGUUCGUACGCUCGAUCGAAGGAACGAGUGUCGUCGUCGUCGAACGUGAUAUUCGUGAAAAGACACCGACACAACAUCCUUAGGAGUUUACUAAAGAGAGAGAAAGAGAGACGAGUAAUCGACGAUGACUCUCGAUUUGUUCGAGCAUGCGAAGACACCUGGCAUCCCAACACGGAGAAAGAGAUUCUUCCGGUUUUUACAGGUUCGCGAGACCUCUUCGAGUCGUGUCGAUCGAGAUAGGGUUCGAAAGAGUUCGGUAUAAAUGCGAAAACCUUUGCCUUCGAAACGAUGUUAGAUGGAAAAUUGGCGAUCCUCGGGAUCGGUGUACAUACAUACAUAUCGUCGAGUUAGUUUGGUACGAGUUCUAGAUCGUAGUUCGUUUUAUACAUACGUAAAUAUAUCGCGCUGUGAUUCCUCUCGCGUUUUGUCGUUGUUCUCGCGAGCACGGGGAUUCUUAUUAAAGAGAGAAGACUCCUCGGGGCAGCGAAAGACCAAGAAACUGUGAAUACUCAUCGACUUUUCAACGAGACAUUUUUUCACGUACCUGGACCGAUUCGAUGAACGUUUCGCUCGUGACGCGCGAUCGUUCGGAAUUAUUCCAACUGCGUCGAGCGAAGCGUAAGUAAAAGACAUAUCGAGUACCCGCGACAUAUCGAUUAUCGCUACGGCCGUAAUUUCGCACGAUCCGGAAUCAACGCGAGUAAAAAACGGGUCGGUCGACGGGAAUCGAAAAAGAAUCAACGCGUUUGCUUCCUUCUGCUUUCUCCGUGCAGUUGGGGGGCCACUCUUUUUCCCUCGUUUUACGAUCGUCGAUUCGACAGAACCCGAGUGCCUUAUCCGAUCUAUCUAUGCCCCCGUCGUGUAUUCCCGUAUUCACCCGGCCCAGCCACCCCUUCGUAACUCGAACGACAAAAAGAAGUCAAGGACGAACGAAACAAUACAGAAAUAGAGAGAGGGAACAAUGUAACGCAAUACCAAAAUUCGAGACAGCGGGAAGAGAGCCAGGAACGAUUUAGAUGCAUAUUAAUUCCCAUAGGCAGAGUAGAAUUGAGAGUGUCGGUCGCUAGAGAAGGCGAAGAGAACCGCCAUUACGGAUUCAGGCUCGAGAGCAAGGCCGACCACCGCGGCUGAGAAACAGGUAAGACCAUUUUCUUUUUUCUCUCUACCCCUUUCUACCCCGUUACGUACUUGUUGCGUAUGUACAGGGUGGUCUAAGCAUCUUGGUACAGCGAAAAACAACAUUUCAAGAAAAGUACUUCACCGAUUUUCGUUCGACCGGAAGAAUUCGACUCGCGUCGACCAACUAUCCCCGACUGCGCCAGGAUGUUCCACCCACCCUGUGUAAAUAGACGUAUAUACGUAUUAUUAUUAUUAUUAUUAUUAUUAUUAUUAUUAUUAUUAUUAUACAUAUACACGCAUCGUUCCGUAGAUUUUCACAUAGCGCCGUUUAGGCAUUGAGAGGUUUAGCGUGUUAGUUGCGAGCAUUAUUUUUAUCGUCGAUAACAAAACGUAUUCGACUCUCUGGCACUGUUUCGGUGAUCCAGAGAACCGAUAUAUCAUUCUAUCAUACGCAUCGUAAUCUAUAUAGUAAUCUUCAUGGUAAAUGUUGGUAGUUGUUACUAGCAGAGCUAAGAGCCGCCGAUGGUGUGUGUAGGCGUAGUAGUUACAUGUAUAAUUUAGACACUUUUCGAGUAAACAAAAGAAAGAAAAAAGAGAGCCUCGGGAUCGAGAACGGCUGCUUCCAAAGGGCAUUCACACUCACUCGCACACACACGCACACACACACACAUACACACACACACAUAUGUAUAUAUUAUAUUAUAUGUAAUAUGGUGGUUGUCCUACGAUUUAUUUUCAAUCUAUUUGCGUACGAUGGAUGCUUCGCUACUUUGAAAGCGUAAAACUUUUUCGACGAUCGUUCUUCAUUUUCUUUUUCUCUUUCUUCUUCCAACACGAGUUUUCAAAACGUAGUUGUUUGUACGCUUUAAUUUCUUUUUCAUGAACAUUCAAUCAAUGAAAUUGAAAAAAGAUUCAGCCGUCUCGGCCGCGGCUGUGGAUUAUUACAACGUCGGGAAGUUCUCCGCGCGGAAACGGUCGAAUUUAUCAAUGUUCGAUGACCGGCAACGUUCUUUCUCCCUGUUCCCAAAGUUUUCUUGUUAGCGAAACUUGGGAAUCAACGUGACGCGAGUCGUUCCAUUUCGCGCCCUCGUAACUUGUUCGCCGAACAGCCCUUGCAUCGGGAAUUAAUCGUCGUCCAUCGUAUUCCGAAUUUCUUCUCGAUUCGGACGACAGCGUGAAAAAAAAGUACAUACGUUUCCACGUGGAAGACUCACCGACGGACAGAGAGUACCCGAAUCGGGGUUGUUUGACGACGAUAACAGAGGUGUAUCGUGCAUGAGUAAUGAUUUGUCUAUACUAACACCACGUGUUUGAACGAUUAUCUCGUAUCCACGAAUUCACGCUCGCAACGUCUAUGGGACUGUUGUUUCGAAAGGGACGCGACAACGUAUGUGCGUCUGUAAUUAUAAAAAAAAAAAGGCGCGUACGCGAAAGUGUACGGUCGUGUCGCGUCUCCUCCGAAACGAUCCUUGAAAAAUCGCAGAAAACGUCGCUCGGAUAUGCAACGAUGCAACGUGUAUCGAUAACAUUGUUCUUUUCGUUUCGUAGUAGAGGUGGUGUAUUAGCGAACGUGAUACGAGACAGUCGUGCUGUACAAAGGCAAAGCGAGGCCUUACGUAGUCGCAUGCGUGAUUUGAGAGAUGAUGAAAACAGUGUAAAACAAGUAUACGUAUAUCGUUGAUCUUUGUAAUGGUUCACCACUACUGCCAUCACCGCCACCAAAAACCUUUACUACCACCGUCAUCGCCUUCAUCGACGAGAGAGAUAUUCCGCUAAAUAUCCGAGUUAAAACGAGUCGCUUUAAAGACGCGGUGCGCUCGAAAGUCGACUUUUACAGGGCAAGCUCUCCGCGCUCGCGAUGAAGCGUUUCGUUAAUAACCGUAUUACGAUCGCGAGGAAAGUUUUGCUGCUUCCGUUCGAAAGCAGGUACACGCUAAGACGUUUCCGUCGGAGAGCUUGGCUUCGAGUAAAACAGGACAGACGAAAUUAAACAAGUCCAGCGAAUUUUGUCCGCGAGAAACGCGUCGCGGCGAACCGACGAAUUUCCCGACAUUUUUUUAACCAAGAUCCAUCGAUCGAAAUUUGUCGCGCGCGCGCGCGCGUGCACGAUGGUUGGCCUUUUUUUCAUUCGUCUUCGAGGCACUCUUUCGAUAUGGGACCCGCGCGUUUUUCGUAACGCUUUUUUUAAGGCCGGUAGACGUGUCCGGUGUCUUGU